AUGGACCAAGACCUGGGCGACGGGGACGUCGAGGAAAUGGACUCGGACUCGGAAGCCGAUGACCGGGAACCAACCUACCGCGUCAAAACCGAACUCCCAGAUCGAGACCGAUAUAUGCCCGACGCCGAGGGGACCCCGGUUGAUUCUUCACAUGCGGCAUCUACGCCCCCCAAGCCGGUCUUUUUCAAUGGGAUCGGAUCAACGAAACAAUCCAUCUCUUCUAUCAUUGACCGCACGCCGGACUCGGAACCUAGGGAGGUGCUGGCGCAUUUGCCGUCUUCGGAGGCUGUUGUGCAGGGUCCUUCGCCUACGCCGACUGAAUCUUCUGUUUCGGGGCUGAAGCGCAAGUAUGAAUACUCGCAGCCUGAAAAGGAAAACACUGAACCUAAAGAUGGCGUUCAUGAGUAA